AUGGACAUUAGCGAUCUCCUUGUGCGGCACGAGAAGCUCGUUCACCUCAACGAUGGCAAUAAAGACGCGAGCCGGCCGAGGAAGCCCUCCUCAUCAACGGUAGUUUCACCAGUGUCCGGACACACUCCUGAUAGACGCUCCGAUAGGGAGGUGCUCAGCAUGCACCCGUCCGGCGCUCCUCAGCCGUACCUUGCGGAGCCGAUUGCGUCCGCAUCGGCGCCGAACAUACCUCAGGAUGUCCGCGUCCAGCAGCCGCGGAAUGCGCCAUGUAACUUGGAUCUGUUGUCUGAUGCAGCGCUCGCGAGCGAGGUUAACCCUAUGCAAGGCAUGAUGACCUCCGACCUGUCACAUGGGCCACAACCGACCGGCGCCCCUAGGUUAACACACCGAGGAUACGAAGAGCAUCCGGUAGCUGAGGCAUCUUAUUCUACGAGGCCACGGGAGGAACCGGCGAUUCUUUCGGCUGGCUUCGUGUCGCAAACAGCGUCCAUGUUCGACGAGUACAGCUUUUUCGACGAGCUUACGGUAUCGUCUCACUUUCUGCCACCGCCUUUUGACUCAGAACAACAGCAUGGGGCUUGGUCAAGCAAAGAUGGCACUCCCAAAGCCGGAUCUCAGUUUGCAUCCGUCUUGUCCACCUCUCAACAGGACAGUGAAGGCUCGUCGUCCCGAUUCGCUGACGACUCUUCGAGAACGCCGCGGCUCCGAAUAUCUCCAGGGGACCAUACCGUUCUGAAGGGGCGAAUUGACGAGUUCUCCUCCAUAUUACCGAACGACUUUGUCUUUCCCUCACGGCAUACCCUGAUACGAUUUGUGGAAGGAUACAUCUCCGGAUUCCACGAACGUCUUCCUUUCCUACAUCUACCGACGCUAUCCCUUUCGGAAGUAGCACCUGAGCUGCUACUCGCGAUCAUGGCCGUUGGGGCGAUCUACCGUUUCGAGAAUAAUCGAGCUUACGGGCUGUGGUAUGCGUCUAGAUCGAUUGCACUAGAGCAAAUCCGGAGAAGGAAUUCGAAUGAAGUGUAUGCGUUACUGCCGACAGCCGCUGCAUAUAGCCCGAACUCGAGACGGCCUUCACCGAACGCCGGAUACAGGCACCACUUCUCGUCGACCUCCCAGGACCGACCCACGGCGCGAGAUGCCCAUAGAGAGCCAUUCUCCCCUGGCACUCCCCAGUCGCGACUAGAAACCCUUCAAGCGGUGUUGCUUCUCUUCAUCGUUGGUCUCUGGGGUCCGAAGGCGGUCUUACGCGAAUCCUUAUCGCUUCAAAGCCGCGUCGCAAUGCUUCUACGCGAAGAGACAAGAUCGUUGGGCAACAUGAGUCAGUCUGCUGCUCCGGACUGGGAGAGUUGGAUACGCAUUGAGGGUCUUGUCAGAACGAAAUCAGUGGCGUACUGUUACUUCAAUCUAUGCAGCAUCGCCUACAACGGACCGCCUUCGAUUUUAACGGCGGAGCUUAAUUUCUACCUCUCGCAGCCCUCACGGCUAUGGAGGGCUGAGACAGCGUGGCAAUGGCAGGAAGCCCGACAAGCCAUAGUCAUUGUGGAUAUGACAGUGCACGAAGCGCUCUCGAGACUGUUUGCCAGGCCACAACAGGGGCUGCCCCCACAUAUAUCGUCACUUGGGAGUCAUGUUCUUAUCCAUGCGUUGAUGCAACAGAUUUUUCUCCUGAAGCAGACAUCUCUAUCACUUCCACAUGCGCCAAGUGGACACCCCACGAUACGCCCAGAUGAUGUCGAAGAGGUGACGCACGCGCUUCGUAUGUGGCAAAUGGCUUUUGAGCAAGGGAAUCAAAUGCGCGCGGCCGCUCGGGCCCAAAGCGGAUUCGUGUUAGGCGACAGCUUUCCCGGAGGGCCGAUAGCGAACAAUUCUACCGGCGUCUUGCGGAUGGCGUACAUUCGACUUUGCUCUGAUAUGUUUCCGAGCCGAGGUCUUGAGGCGAGAGACCACACUGCUAUGGCUGUGGCCUUAGCCGAUGAGAGGACGACUCCUCCGCGAGACAUCAAGCUUCAUCGCGCCUUGAUCCAGGCCUUACAUGCCUUGUCACGCCAUAAUGACCCACCCCCGACUGUAGAGGAAAGGACGAUAUUGGAUACGGUUUGGCGAAUGGUGGACGAGACGGAAUUCGCCGUGCCUGUUGAUGCAAGCGGUCCAGGAGGACCGGCCAAUGACAGCAUGAGGUUACGGCUGCUUGCCGCUGCAGUGGUGAGGAUGUGGGCGGAGACGUUCCGAGGCGCCCACCUUUUCGAAGUAGUAAAGGUGAUGGGGAAUAGUUUGGAAGCGUUCGGAGACCUCGCAGAGAAGCCAAAGGAGCAGACGCCGCUAGGCAGGCCGGGCCAUGAAGUGUCCAUGUGA